ACGGCCCAGAAUGUUUUCCCGCGGCCACGGCAGUGCUGGCAGUGUGUGGGGGGCACAGGUGUUGGUCAUGGUCAUGGUGCAGAGCAUGGCCGGGGGUUAUGUAAUCUUUCUUUGAAAAAUCUUGAACCCUGCUUGCAGUGUCUGCACUGCUGUAAAAAUUUUCCUACUCAUCCAGGACAUUGUGAAGCACUCCAUGCCUCUGUCCAUGCAUGGCCACGCCUCUGACUGUUUGGGAGCAGCUGCUCCCUGGUGCAGGAUGGCCCACAGAAGACUGCUGCUGGCCUGGUCCAGGGGAGGGAUGGGUGUCCCGCUCCCCCUCCCCCCUGCCAGUGCCCACCACAUGGCCAACAUGAUCCAGAGGUGCUACAGUGCCACGCCGCCCCCCCAGCGGCCGCCCACCUUCUUUGGGAAGAUCAUUGAGAACUUGAGGGAUGAGAUGAACAGGAGUCAGAAGAUGAAGGAAAGUUUAAAGGAGUUCAGGAAAGACAUGGAAAAACUAGAAAAGUCUGAAGCCUUGCAAAAAGUCAGGGAAAAGUACCAGACGGUGGAGGAGGAAACAGCCGAGGGGAGCAAGCUGGCUAAGAAGCAGUUUGACACCAUCAAGAAGAAGGUUGCAGAGACAGUGGAGGAAGCACAGAAGGCAGAGAUACUUCAAAAGGCCUCCAAACUGACCGAGGAAGCCACGAGGCAGGCGCAGAAGGUUGGGCAGACCAUCUCCCAGAAGGGCGAGGAGAUCAGCAAGACACAGACCUACCGCACCAUCUCGGACACAGCCAAGGCCGUCAAGGAGGAGAUCGACCACUCCACUUUUGGGGGUGCCGGGGCCAGGGUGUACAAGGCCCCGAAGGUGUUGCGCAAGAGAGUUGAGAGGGACCCAGACGCAGAGAAGAGAAUUAUUCAGGCUAACACUGAGGCGAGAGGCAUAACGUUACACAAGGACUCACAGUUUGCUCAGAGCUGGCAGAACUUUAAGGACAACAACCCCUACGUCAACAAGGUGCUGGUGUGGAAGACCAAGCUGGAUGAGAGCGACAACCCACUGGUCCGCGCCUCACUGCUCAUGAAGGACAAGGUGUCAGAACUCUUUGGUGGCGUCUUCCAACGAACAGAGUUGUCCGAGGCACUGACGGAGAUCUGCAAGAUGGACCCGACCUUUGACAAAGAGAGGUUCUUGCUGGAGUGUGAAUACGACAUGAUUCCUAACGUUUUAGAAGCCAUGAUCCGGCCAGACCUCGAAGUUUUACAAGACUGGUGCUACGAGCGGGCUUACUCCCUGCUGGCCACACCCGUCAAGCAGGCCUUCCAGCUUGGCUUUACCUUCGACUCUAAGGUCCUGGACGUGGACAAUGUUGACCUGGUGAUGGGCAAGGUGAUGGACGAGGGGCCGGUGCUGGCUGUCUCCUUCCAGUCUCAGCAGAUCAUGUGUUUACGCAAUAAUAAAGGAGAGGUUGUGGAGGGCGACCCCAGCAAGGUGCUCCGGGUUCAGUACGUGUGGGUGUUGUGUCGUGACCAGUCGGAGUUGGACAGCCGUGCGGCGUGGAGGAUCCUGGACCUCUCGGCCCAGAGCACGGAGCAGCUGGUGUAACGAAGGCUGCGCUGUUAGUAGCGUUGACGCAGUGUUUAGCGCAUAAACUCGUCUGUGAUUCAAUAAAUACACUGAAAUGUUGCGAGUGAACGUUGAUGCUUGGUGAAACUUUAACAUACCAAUCUUUCUACAUGGAUGUAAAGAAGAAACUUAGUCCAUAGGAACUAAUCCUACAUUAUAUAUAUUUUUUUACCUGUUUGUUGAACGUAACUUAUGCUGGGGAGCAGCAUAAAUGGCCUUCUCCAAAUUUAUACAGACUACCAAUCCAACAGUCUGUGUAGCGCACUGGUUAUGAGUUUCACGGCCUCGUGAACCAAUCCUGCCGUACCUGACGUCAAAUUGCAUGGUCAUGCCUCGAUAACCUUGCCCCGUUUAGUUUCAGCCAUUCUGGUAAUCACGUCUCUUGAGAAUCAAAAUGCUGCCACCUUGUGCUGCGUAACUCACCUCUGCAUGCAAACAAAACGUCAUCGUCAUGUUAACCCCUGGACUGUAUUUCCUACAAGAAGACAUCACCAAGCUACAGGAGUGGAACAAAAACUGGCUGCUACAAUUCAGUGAAGAAAAAUGUAGAGUCCAGCACCUUGGGAGGGGAUAUCCAGCACACCAAUACUCAUGGGAAACACUCCACUAUCCAUCACAGAGGCAGAGAAAGACCUGGGAGUGUAUGUUACUAGGCUACCAGUGAAGGCCAAAUCCGUGCCAAUCGCAGCGGACGGGUUAAAUACUUCUGCCGCAGAGUUGACGUUGCCUGGACUGAAGUUGGCUAGUUAUAACUGAACUAAAAAUUUAUAUAUAACUUAAGUUUCUCUUAGUUUAGUUUUUUUUUUAAGGAUGAUGUGUUUUCAAGUUUGUAUAUUCAUGGCUCUUCAUUGCUGUAGAUUGAACACCAGUAUUUAUUGCAGGUUAUCAUGCUGUGCUGUUUGCUGUUCAUGUGUCUAGGAUAAAGCUAUCUGUACAUUACUGUCUAUCACUCCAUUCUCAGCACUCGCCAGCCUCUCUCUCAGUCAAGGUUAAAGUACAACAUUCAGAAGGCUGAGCAAGUGUAUGUAAAUAAUGUAAAUUAAGUAACUUGUCAUAA